UAGAAUAUUUGGGCUUAAAACAUCCAAUUAUAUUUGAUGUUUACAAUCUUUGUCAUAAUUAUCACUGCAACAAACUUUCAUCUUUCAAUGUUAGUGAAAGACAUGCGCGGGUAUUUCGAAAUACCUUACAAAUCUACAGAUCUAAAAAGAGACCUUUUAGCCAAGGUUUUAGUGUAAAGCCGUGAAUGUGACUGAGUGCAGCAAAAAAUAAUUUCAUACUGUAACUUUCCUGCGCAAGAGUUUGAGUGCAUGGUAUGCUGUCCAAUCGGUAAUGUGACAAGUUGUGCGUUGUGCAUUGGUUAUCAUCUAAAUAUCAUAAAUAUUAUUGCGGAAACAAAUUAUGAAGCAUAUUAUAAAAUGAAGUUGCAAAAUUUGUGAGGCACUUUCAUCGAUUUAAAAGUCCUACCGGUCUCCUAUAUUUUUUUAUGAUGUCCUCCCCAAUAUUUGGGUGACCCUAUUCGGCGGAAUGGCGGAAUACAUGCAAUCAGUUGUAAAAUACGGAAUAUACGUAAUACUUAAAACACGGAAUUUACAGAAUAUUCUGUAUUUGAUUUGAACUGGACUGACGAAAAAGCAGAGGCAAUAUUAAAAAUUCAAUUUUCAUACUGCCGUAAGCCACACUAUAGACCUUAUGACGGUUUUGAAAGCCAUCUUGACGGGUGAAGGGUCCGGUAUCACGGGAAUCUAAUGUCGGAUAACUUUCAUAAAACGGCUGUUCUAAAAAAAAAGAAUUGUAAACUUAAGCUUGACAGGAUUGUACUACCAAUUAAUGGGGGCCGCACCUGUGCCUAAAUUUGUCCGGUCGCUUGCUUUAGAUUUUCCAGAGUCUUCAAAGUCUUCAAAGGAAUGAUCUCUUCUUCAAAUUUUGUGGAGAUUGCUCGGCUGGUCGUUCUGGCGAGGAAGGAUCCAGGGACAAAAAGUCCGUUUUCCAGUCUCCUUGAUCCAUUACCUUAAUCGACUUGCACUUUGUUUUGACUGCGAGCUUUUUUAAGAAAGGUGAAUAUAAGGAAGGAAAGUUCCAUCGACAAAGUGCCCAAACAGUUUCAAGGUAAGUCCCCCGCGUUAACUGAGCAUUCACCGUCAGUAUUUGUUACUGCUACAGUUUCAAAUGUUGUUCGUUUUUAAAUAAAUAUCAAAGUUCUUUUUUUAACAUUUGGCUGUUUCUCAAAAAAGAAAUAAGCGCCCUGUCCCGAAUAAGCGUCCUCCCUAGAGGCACCAAAAGUAAAUAAGCGCCUGGGCGCUAAAUCGAAUCAUUACGGUAAGCCAAUUCUUUUACUUGUCACGCGCUUAAAACAUGGUUCGAGUUAACGAGGGUAAAAUUAUAUAGAAAUGAUCUGAAGAGAAACAAAAAUUAGUAUUACUUCGAGUCAGCACGAGGUUCGAGUCAGUAGCGAGGGUUCGAGUUAUUGGAGUCGACUGUAUACAUGUAUACCCUUUUUAAACGAUUUUUCUCUUAUUCUGCGUUUUAGAGUAUUCCGUAUAUUCCGUAUUUUAGAAUAUUCCCUGUAUUCCAUCAUUCCGUUCCGUCAUUCCGUCAGUCCGUCAUUCCACCGAAUAGCGUCACCCCCGAUAUUUUCAUCUCCAAGAAAAUACUAAACGCGAGGCUAUUGUGCCAAGAAUUGAAUCUGUUCGCUACAUUUUAAAGCGCCAGAUAAUAGUCCUUUGAGAAAAAAAAAACCGUAAUUCUUGGGCGUAAUGGACUCAGUUUUUGGGACCAAGAUGUUCCUCGUUCUCGGGAGCAACAGUACUCCAAUAUCUCUCUCCUUUUUUCCUUGAAGGAAGACAUUGGACAUUGACAUGAAUGAUUCUAGCCCGAAAAAAAAAACAUAUGGGGUCAGAUUUCUUUCAAUAGACCGCUGACCAGAAGCGUCGACUCGUGACCCCACAACGAUCAGAUCACGCUGAGGCCAAAACGGUGCGGCGGUUCGGGAAUUUUUUCUUUUUAAGUCACCAUCGCUCGUGAAAAAAUAACAUUACUGUAACAUUGUUUCACUAAGUGCUUUCUGACCGGGAAAAAGUUGUGCAUUCGUUUAGAUUCAGCCGCAGUUUAGACAAAUGACGUCAUUGGCCGCUGUCACGCGACGACAUUUUCCAGAUUCAAGUUUCGUCAGCAGAUGGUAAUUUCGAGUUAUUUUCUUUUUCUGCGUAUUUUUCAUCUUCCUUUCUCUUUUAAUUCUACGUCCUUCUACUUAGGAUGGUCUCUGAGCACCUAGCAAGGAUUAAAGUGGCGUUUACCACGCUAUCCACGGCCGUAUUGGCAACAGAGAAGUGUUUCGCCGAAGUAGCAAGAUAACGGUAAACACUGCAACUUUGAACGCUUUGUACAACGUCAAUAUGCUUUGGCCGAAAAAUGUUUUUCCAGAAUCGUAAUGUAUAUCCCUCCAAUGUCUGAUUCAUCACUGUGAUUGCUUUCAACAGCGUUGGACUUUUGAGAAAUAAUUAUUUUAAAAUCAGCUCCAACGCUCCAUCUAAUUUAAUAUGCAAUAUUUGAAAUUUUUUUUUUUAUUCCCUUCGGCAGUUUUUCGAUGUUUAUCGAAUGGUAUUGCAUUAAAAGGCCUUUUUCUUCAUCACUGUGUGGUUUUCUCGCUAUUUUUCGUUGCGAUAGUGAUUUCUGAACCGUUUUUUGCGAGGGCUCAUUUUAGGCCUGAUUUUGCUGCUAUCAGACGGAAAAAGUUUGCGGCUCCAUAUUUUUGGUUUAAAGCGAAACUGAAACAAAAGAAAUUCAUUUUUGAAUAGUAUUCGGUAACCUCUACUUGGGAGAUAAAAAUCGGCCGAGUUUACUUUUUAGCCGGAAAUCAUUGGUCGUUUCUUAGGCGCAGAGCCUCUUAAGACGGUCCAUUUUCGUUUUUUCUGGCUGAAUGUCAAAAUACAAUUUGUUGGUGCUUCAAUCUGAAUACCGGCCGACUUGAAAGCUUUUUAUUAAACUAAAAUUGAAAACCAUUAUUUUGUCCAGGAAUGUGGUUAACAUCGAUAAUAAAAUUUCUCACGGCAAGGGUAAUUCCACGCCUGGUUACCAACAGCGCGCUGAAAUUAUGUCGAUAUUUAAGCCAGAAAAAGAUUGCGAUAGAGAAUUUUUCUGCUCAAAUUCAUUUUCGUUACAUUUGGGAAGGAUUAAGAUGUCUCUUUCCAAAUUUCUUUUUCUGAAUGGAAGAGUAAUUUGAAUUCCGGAAAAAUGUGGAUUUUAAAAUUUCACUCGCUUAUCCUAUGAACAUAAUUUCAUGCACAAACGUACGACUCACCGAGGCCACCUGCUUGCGAUGUCUGUUUAUCGGGAAAAAAGAAGAAAGAAACCAGCUUUUGUAGACAAAAAAUCGAUCAAAAAACACACUGAAUGGAAACUUUGACCUCUCGAAAAGAUUUUUGCGAUGUAUUUUUGUGGAAACAAGCACCUUCAAGAAAUGAGUUUGAGUUUGUUUUCUUUUCAAUUUAGUAAGGGUGGCCUUUAGCUUUUGAGUUAUCUUUUCUGGAGAAAUUGACGACCUUACGAUUAGUAGCUACAAAGCCUGCCAAACAUAGUAAUUAAUCGUAAAUUUCACGAUUAUUAACUACAAAGCCUGUCAAACGCAGUUAUUAAUGUCACAGUUUUUCAAUGACCAUGAAAUUCAGAAUCCGGGUAGUUAGUAAAUCAAUUGUGGCCCUGAAAAAGUUUGAAGGAAAAAAAGAAAACUACGAUUUUUUAAGGAAAUGCUUUUUUCGUGAGGACUCUUUAACGCUGACAAACGUCAUCAAAUAGCUAAAACUUUAAUUUCUAUAUGUUUGCAUUGCUCGAAAUCGCGCGCAUUUACAAGGCCCUAAAGCUUUUUGCUGACUUGCAAGGACCCAUCUGUUAUAAAGAUCCCCAAAAUAAAGGGAUAAAUCUCAUAGUUUAUUAGAUAUAAUCGUGUAAAGUUUGCUUAGCAUUUUCACAUAAAUUAUGACCUAAAUUUGGAGACUGCUGAAUUUCUCGCAUUGGGUCUGUGUGAUUUUGGUGAAACUCUGUUCAACGCAAGGAACUAAUGCAAGGAACUACGUAGCCGAGAGAUUUUCACGAAAAAAUGCCAGCAACAGCAGAAUUUCGACUCCGACCCCAAACAGGGGCGGAUCCAGGAUUUUUUUUCGGGAGGGGGUGGACUCGUCUCUUGCUCUACUUCAACACCAAUAAACCACAUAGUUUUUUUUUUUUGUUGUUUUUUUUUUUUGCAGCAUACCAGUUGUAUUAGAAAACCGCAGGUCAUCUCGGGGGAUGGGGGGCGGGGGGGUUUCGCACCCACUGCCAAAGAGGCGUAGCACUAUAGCCACGUGACAUUUACUCCAAUCGCCAAAAAUUUUAUGCUAUAUUGUAGAUUGAUCCAUAUGUUAUCCAUGCUACAUGUUAGACUUACGAUAAAAGUAAAGGUGGAGAUACCAGAGAGCUUCAAAGUAGGAUGGUACCCUCACAAAAUAACUGGGUCGAGUCAGUUUAAUAAGUACAAAGCCCGUCUUUCGCACUUAUUAACCUGGUAAAUUUCACUACAAAAAAAUAAAAACACUACAAAAAAAAUAGCGACACUUGUUUCAAUAGAUGAAAAUCGAAAUCAAUAAAAAUCGUUAGUAAUCAAGUGAUUUCUAUCGACUGAUAACGGAAACGGCAAAAAUAUAUCCGGAGAAAUCUAUGAAUGAAUUUCAGACAUCCCUUCGACUCGAGGGGAUGUCUGAAAUUCAGGCUAGGAAAUGUUUACUAAGGUUGUAUUCCUCGUAAUACUGCCUGCGAGAACUGAAUGGGAUUAUAUAAAAAACUGAACCGUUGUUGUUAUCAUGUACAAAACGAAGAGUUUUAGAUAGAAACUUGUUUGUGUAAUAGUUUCCACAUUUCUCAUUUUCAUGUUUUUUGAUCUGUUAUUCCUCGUGGAUCUGAUUUCUCAGCUGUACUAUCUAACUCAUGCCAGAGGACGACAAUAGCGGACUCCCGUUAUCGUUAAAAUAAUGAAAUAUCGAUUUGACACAGCAAUUUAGUUCAUCGAUUUUCACCGAUUUCCCUUCGAUAAAAAUCACUUGAUUGCUACCGAUUUUUAUCGAUAACGAUUGUUAUCGAUUGACUACCCCGGGUUCUAGGACAUUUACGUCAAUUUAAUAGGCUUUAUUAUAAUAUAUUUUUUCUUCACGCAGCUUGUGAACCCGAAUGGAUUGGCCGCGGGAAGUCGUGUUAUAAAUUCUUUACGUCACCUAAAUUGAGUUGGGAAAACGCCAGCAACGAAUGCAAAAAUAAAUGGUAUGCCAGAUUGGUAAAGAUAGAAUCUCCUGAAGAAAAUGAUUUUAUUAGAAGAGAAUCGUUGGCAGAGAGACCUACAGCCUACUGGAUUGGACUAUUUAAAUUCGGGACAGGUUUCUGGCAAUGGAGUGACGGAACUCAGCUAAAUGGGUAUGAAAACUGGAGAGAUGGCAAGCCGAAUGCUCAGAACUUGAAUUGCGGACAAAUAAGAAAAGGGACAUUUGAGUCUGGAAACUAUUAUGACGGGCAUUGGCGCGAUGGAAAGUGCCAAAACAAAAAGAGGUACAUUUGUAAAAAG